AUGGAAGCUGUCCCUUCACAGAAAAAGCGAAACACCGUCGCAAAACGUCUAGAGAUUGUUCAAAAGAUUGAAAAAGGUGUGUCUGUAGAACAACUUAUUGCUGAAUAUGGUAUCAGUAAAAGGACCGUAUUUCGAUACAAACAAACCGCGUCAUCGAUACGAGAAUAUGCGAAGAAAGCGUACAAUACGAUGGAUUUGAAAAAAAGAAUGAAACUUUUAUACGAAGAUGUAGAUGACCGGCUGUACACGUGGAUCUUAGAGAAACAAGCCUCAGGAGAGGUCCUAACUGAUACAAUUCUGCAGAAUAAAGCAAGGGCAAUGCAUGAAGAAUCCGAUGGUCCAUCAAAAUUUACAGCAAGCCGUGGUUGGCUCAGGUGUUUCAAAAGGAGACACAACGUACACAUGAAAUCGCUUUCACCCAUCCAUGUAGGAAGACCACUCAACACGUAUGAAUUGGCUGCAAAAACAUUUCUAAAAGAAUUGUCAGCAAUAUUAGACAAAGAAGACAUCAGUGAAGAAAAUAUCUAUAAUAUGGACGAGACGAGUUUAAUGUGGAAAGCUCUACCGCGAAAAAUAUUGGCCCGCGAAAGAGACAAAAAACAAGAGAUAAAAAACAUAAAAGUAAGACCAGACCGUGUGUCUGUGGUAUUUUGUACCAAUGCUACUGGCACGCAUAAACUACCACUGCUACUUAUUAAUAAAUAUGCCAAUCCACCAUCUAUAAAGGAUUGUAUACUUACUUUGCCAGUGAUAUAUAAAACUCAAUGUAAUUCGUGGAUUAAUAAAAUCGUUUUCAAUGAUUGGUUUAAGAAUCACUUUAAGGUAAGUGUGAGGCAACGUCAAAUGCAGAAUCAUCAAAAGGGAAGAGUGCUGCUGUUGAUUGGUAAUUGCAAAGGACACAUGCCUAUUCAAUAUAAAUGGGAUGAUGCCCAGUUUAAAGUAGUGUUUUUGCCACCAAAUACAUGCUCAUUUAUUCAGCCUUUGGAUCAAGGUAUAAUUGCAGAAUGUAAAAGGAUGUACAAGUAUGAUCUACAGAAACGUGUACUUCAAUAUCAUGAAAUUAGGCAAUUUUAUGCAGAUUACAACAUAAAAGACUGCAUUGAUUUGAUCAGUAAUAUAUGGAAUGAAAUAACAGCUCCAAGCAUCAGAAGUUCAUGGAAGAAUCUUUUGGGCCGAAUACCAUUAACUGAGAAUCCUAGAGAACAAGACUCUAAGACCAGUAAUGAAUCUAAUUAUGUUGAUUUUAUUAAUCGUAAAGAAUAUAUAUAUUGGAAAAAUGGUAGUACAUUCUAUUAUUGCAAGAAAAGCGAUAUAUUAACAAAUAAUAUAAGACAUGUAGAAUCUGUUGAACAAUGA